AAAUCUAAAUAUAUUUAAUGUAAACACAAUUUUAACAUCUUCAAAAAGAAGUGAAAUUUUAUCCAAAUACUAUUUUGUCAUAUUUAAUAUUCUUCCUUGAUAUUUUUAUAUAUUUGUGAAUCGACUAACGAUGAACUCAGUCACGUGGGGCUAAACAUUAUUUGGCCUAAACAAUAUUUAUUCUAUUUUUAAUUCACCCUAUGUAUCCACAAAUGAAUCGUUGUUAAAUUCUUCGGUGCUGGUUUUUGUUGUUUGUGAAUUACAUGCUUGUGAAAAUGUUUUUUUUUUUCCUGUCACGUGAUAACCGUUACUUUACCCAGCGCUGUAAGGAUAAGCCAAUCAAAGCUGUUUGUGAUUACUGAAGACGAUUACACGUUGCUUGGAUGAAAUAGAAAACUGUAAACACGAACGUAACACAACCUUAAAAGUCAAACCCUAUUAAAACUAAAAAGUAUAAAAGUGUCUAAUCACUUAAAGAUUGUAAUUAAUAAUGUUUUAUUAAUAAUGCUUUAUGUUUGAAACGGAAUUUAUGCUUAGACUUAAAAGAGUUGAUACUGUAAGAUUAUAUGGGGCUAUUUGUCACAAUAUAUGGACUCUGGAAUCAAAUAGCCAUCAACAGUAAAAAAAAAAAGAAAAAAAGAAGUGUGAUAUUAGUGUCAGUUUAAGACGAUUCUGUUGGUUUUGAGGUUUUAGCUCUUGUGUUUUAUUUGUUAAAUGUUCUUGUCCGAACCAACAUGAGAAGAGACUGUUAUCAUCUUUCUCUUGUAAAGCGUUUAAAAGAUCCUGUGAUUAAAAAGUGAUGAAGUUCUCCUGAAACAUGUGAAGAUCAGCUGACAGAAAUGUCUCGUUUCAGCAGACCUUUGGACAUUUAUUCCAAACUAAGCUUUUUCUCGGUGGAUUAUUCAUAAUCUUUCUUUAUAUAAUCGUAUUGUGCAUUGAUAGGUUUAAAGCCUGAUGAAACAGACCCCGAUUGAGAGCAAACACAGUCGAAGAGUCUUCUGGACCGGAUCUGAAGAAACCCACGGUGAGAUCGAGUCCGUCUUCUGACUUUAACGAUCGCUGUGUGGCUGAAUGCUGAAGUGUUUCUGCAGCUGCUGAUGGAUUUCAGUGGAAAAUACCAGCUGGAGUCACACGAGAACUUCGAGGCCUUCAUGAAGGCCAUCGGGCUGCCGGAUGAAGAGAUCGAGAAAGGCAAAGACAUCAAGAGCAUCUCAGAGAUCCAUCAGGACGGGAAGGACUUUAAAGUGACGGUGACGGCCGGGACCAAAGUGGUGCUGUACUCGUUUACCGUAGGAGAAGAGUGUGAGCUGGAGACCUUCACCGGAGAGAAAGCUAAAAGCGUGGUUCACAUGGAUGGGAAUAAGCUGACGGUGUGUGUGAAGGGGAUCGAGUCUGUGACGGAGCUGACCGGAGACACCAUCAUUAACAUCCUCAGCUUCGAGGGAAUCGUCUACAAACGUCUCAGCAGACGCAUCUGAUCAGGAUCAUUCACUCACAACAGCACACAGGAUCUGCUCAGAGCAUCUUUAUUACACACACACACACACACACACACACACACAC